UUUUGAGAAACCCUUCUUGGUUGAGGAAAAAAACUUGCCUUGGAGCGAUGAAAAAAUAAGUCAGUGAAGACGAGGAAAAAAAUGAAGACGUCGCCAAGAAUAACCCAGUAACUUAGAUAUCAAAAAAGUUCUAUAAUGCUCCUGCAGAGAUAUGUAGAUUAAUCAAUCUAGAUAUAAUGAAAGAUAGACAAGCGUGUUAAAGUUUGACGGGGUAGUUGAUAAUCAAGCUCAUAUUUUUUUUCUUCUGGAGUCAAAGUUGGCAUCGAUAGCCUAAUUUACUUGAGGCGGGUGCGGAAGGCUUUUCACCCGACAAAAAUUAUGAGAGAUAGUCCGAUAAACCAUUAGAUUUUUUAACAAUAAUACUUUAUUUCUAUUUUACCGGGUUAUGUAGCGACCAUUAACAUUUUAGGAGCAGUGGUACGAAACUCUAUUGGGGUUAGACUACUUUUGAGGAUAGUUUACAACACUGGGCCAGACUACAACCAUAGACAACCGUUGAAAGUAUUUUACGAAAAUAAUCAUGUCUGCUGAGGAGGAGAGAUUCAAACUGGUCGUCGUGGGCGGGGGCGGUGUGGGGAAAAGCGCCUUGACCAUACAAUUCAUUCAGUCAUACUUCGUAUCGGAUUAUGACCCCACCAUCGAGGACUCCUACACCAAAAUAUGCACAGUGGAUGGGAAAGAGACACGAUUAGACAUCUUGGACACAGCAGGUCAGGAGGAGUUUGGGGCAAUGAGGGAGCAGUACAUGCGCUCAGGGGAAGGCUUCUUGCUGGUGUUCGCUCUGAAUGACACUGGCAGUUACAAUGAGAUCCACAAGUUCCACACCCAGAUACUGAGAGUGAAGGACCGGGAUGACUUCCCCAUGGUGCUGGUGGGGAACAAGGCUGACCUGGACCAGUCGAGAGCGAUCUCCAGAGAGGAAGCCCAGGGCUUUGCCAGAGAGAACAGGAUCCAUUACAUGGAGGCCUCGGCUAAGAACCGCUACAACGUAGACGAAGCCUUCCUGGAGGUGGUGCGAGCUAUAAGAAAGUUUCAGGAGACUGAGAGUCCCCCUCUACCUGCAAACCACACAGGAAAACGGAAGAGCGGUGGCUGCCCCUGCACCCUCCUUUAACUGCCCCCUCCCAUGGCAUAGCACUGUUGUCACAGAGACCAAAACCCCCUCACCUCACCACUGAUACAAGUCUUGUCUGACUUACCUGGAGGGAAAUGGGAGGAUUUGGCAAGGGAGGGGAGAGAUAUACACUUGGAAAUGCAAAAACUGUAUGGUGAGGUUUGGGGAAUUGGGCAGGGAUGUUUACGGCAAUGGUGGGCAAAGUGGUGGAGUGAUAUGUUUUCAUUCACACUUAUAAAUUAGCAUCUUAACUUUUUUUAUAUACUUUUUUUGUAUUUGUGGUAUUAUUUCAUUAUUGUGCAAGGAUGUAAAGGGAGAGGCCUUGGGCUAGAUGAGAAGAGAGCGAGAGAUGAGUCUACAGACUGAAGAAAGAAAGAGUAGGGAUGGUAAAGAGUGAGAUCUCACAGAUACUGUGUUUUGGGUAGCUUCCUACAUUGGGUCAACCUGAUGGAAGUCACUGAUUUGACAUUGCUGGAAGGAAUGGAUAAUUUAGGAACUAGAUGGAGCUAUCAUUCAUACCUACAACAGAAAAUGAAAGGAGCCCAGUUAAACUGAAUCGACAAAUUAGAUUUUUGAAAGACUGCAUGGAAAAGAGAGAGCUGAAGCAAAAUGAGAGUGAAACGAUGUGUUUGAAAGACUGGUACUUUUCACAGUGUGGUAUACAUCACCACAGAAUAUAUCAUAUUUUUUUGCACAACUUCAACAUAGGCAAAAGUAGUUUGACACUAAAGUGCUAUUGUUUAUUUUAAAAUGACUGGGUGGAUGUUUAGGCAUGUCCAGGUACUUUUGUCUAUGCAUACAGGUGUAGGCCUUUUUUUUAAGUCAUUUUUAUUGUUAUGCUCUUUGCAAAUGUUUAAAUGUCACACCGCUACCAACCAUGUACAUCAAUGAGUUCGUUUUUGAAUGGUAUUAAAUGAAUGAGUCAAAGCUAAUGAAAAUCUGUUGAAAAGCUUCAGACAAGGCAUCAACUGUUGAUGAAAAACAGAAAGUGACAGAACAUGGGUAAGUUGACAUAUAAAUACAUCCCAAGAUUUACGCCCAUUGGUUGAGAGAGAUGAUGGUGAUAAUUGCAAGAGUGAGCCCAUAGGCUGAACAGCAAGCACGAGGAAUGGGCAUUACUGUGCGGUGCUGAUAGGCUAUACGGUAAAUGGGCGAAUUACAUUCCGGACGUGGCAAAUAGGAAAGAAGACGCUAUGCUGAUAAUACGUUCGUAUUCAUUCCCACUAUGUCCAUACAAUAGGAAGCUAAGUAAGUUAUGUUUUGCUUACAUUAAGUUACCCGAGCAGUCAGACCAGCCUUCCUGAUUUAGCUUCUGUAAACUACAUGUGUCUGUCAUGAAAUAACUUGUUUUUUUAUGGAGGAUAUGUAGCACUGGUCUUGCAAACCUUCAUAUAGAUGUAAUUAACAUAUGACAAUCCCUUAGGCGAUAUUUCACACAAAGCAGGAUAGCCAUCUAACGUUCUGAAAUAUUCUGAAUCUGCUCCACAAAUUUGUGAGUUGAAUCGGACUCAACUCUGACCCUAAAAAUAUUUGAGCUGUUUGAUUAAUAAUUUGAGUUAUUGAUGAUUGGUUCUCAACACUGGCUAUCUUAUUUUUGUGAACGAGAACCGUGUUGAUGUUGGAUCCACAUUUGUCCCACAUUGUUCUUUACCUAAUUAUAAAAUAAUGCAUUGACUCAGUGCUAUUAACGCAGUGUAAUAUACCACAAAAACGUAUUGUACUUAAAUCUGUUAUGUAGUUAUUUUUAACAGCAGAAAGCCGUUUGUAUUCUUAUACCAAUGAAUCUCAAACUAUAUCAAACUUGCACCCUGUAAUCUAUCAGUAUCUGCCAUGUGUAAUUUGUACUGAAAUAAACCAAAUACCUUUUGUACACGUCACAAUUUAAAAAAACAUUAUUACUCUAA